UCUGCAUAACUAUUAUAUUCCAAGCUGUAGGAAAGUUGCAGUUGCUUACAUUUAACAUUUCAACACAUCCAAAGCGAGGGAAAGAAGAACCUGGUUUCCUUGGGCAGUUCGCACAGAAAUCCUUUUCCUCCCCCUUGAAUACUUAUAUACUGUCCCAUCUGAGCAGAAUCCCUACCGCAAACUGCCAAGAUGUCCAAGGUAGCAAAAUACAGAAGGCAAGUCAGUGAGGAUCCAGAUAUUGACAAUUUAUUGUCUACUCUGUCUCCGGAGGAGAUGGAAGAGCUAGAAAAAGAACUGGAUGCAUCUGAUAUGGAUGGAAACAUUCCCGUGGGGCUCAAGCAGAGAGACCAAACUGACAAGCAACCAACUGGCAAGUACAACCGAGAAGCAAUGCUCAACUACUGCGAAAAGGAGACCAAGAAACUUAUUCAGAGGGAACAGUCAAUGGAAAAGCCAGACCACCGCUCCCAAGUUGCUGCUCCUAGCCAAAGCCUCUCUCCUUCAGCUGAAAGAUCCACCGUUCUCAAGCCUCUGAUCUGGGAAGAGAAGCAAGUAGAGAAGAAGAAAGAGGCAAAGAUUCUUGGAGAAAAACAUAAGGAAAUUCAGGGAAGAGACCUAAGGAGAAAUAGAGCUUCUGAUCUGAUUAAAGAAGGGAAAAAAGAAGAAAAUGUCCAGAAAACGAAUCAGAAAGGAAAGGAUGAACCAGACAGUAAGAAGAAAAAUGGGCAAGUCAAGGAAGAUAAGUCCUCCAAAGAGGAAAAUAAGAUCUCCAAGGAGAAAGAUAAAGGCAAAACAGUGGACAAGAGUUCAACUGGCAAAACAAGGUGGGAGGAAAAGAGUACGGCAUCAAAGAACAAACUAGCAGAAGACAAAGGGAAAGAGGAGAAGGCAGCAGAGUUAAAGAGAGGGCCUGAGAAGGAUAAAAAAACAGAGGAUAAAAAAGAAACAGAUAAAACAGGAGACAGAAAACCACUUUUAAAGCAAGGCUCAAAAGCUGGCAGUGAGGAGAAAUCAUCAAGAGACAGCAAAGGAGCCACUGAGGGAAAAGCCCCUACGACGGAGAAGGAAGCAAAGGAGACUCCUGAGAGCAGCCCUUCUAAACUUGCAGACAGUUCUUCCAACCAAAGCAAAGAAGAUGAAGCCACAAGUAUCUUUGAUGAGCCUUUGGAAAGAGUGAAGAAUAAUGACCCAGAGAUGACAGAGAUUAAUGUCAAUAACUCUGACUGCAUCACCAACGAAAUCUUGGUGCGCUUUGCGGAAGCCUUAGAAUUCAACACCAUGGCCAAGGUCUUUGCAUUGGCCAACACACGUGCUGAUGAUCAUGUUGCUUUUGCAAUUGCUAUAAUGCUAAAGGCAAACAAGACUCUGAUCAGCAUAAAUCUAGAUUCCAAUCACAUCACAGGCAAAGGGAUCCUGGCUAUCUUCCGUGCACUACUGCAGAACAACACCCUGACAGAGCUGCGCUUUCACAAUCAGAGGCACAUCUGUGGAGGGAAGACUGAGAUGGAGAUAGCCAAGCUGCUGAAGGAGAACACCACCCUGCUGAAACUGGGUUACCACUUUGAACUGGCAGGACCUCGCAUGACAGUCACAAACCUCCUGAGCAGAAAUAUGGACAAACAGCGACAAAAGCGGCUGCAGGAACAGAAGCAGGCUCAAGGAAAGGGGGAGAAGAAGGACUUUCUGGAGGUGCCAAAGCCAGCAGGCCUGCCAGCUGGGUCACCAAAGGUUUCCCCAAAGUCAUCCCCCAAAACAUCCCCAUGGUCUUCCCCUAAACCUUCUCCAAAACCUAUCCCUAAGAAAGCUGGAGCUCCAGAUGCACCACCACCACCACCACCUCCUCUGGCCCCUCCUCCUGCCCCUCCCCUGAUCAAUGAAAACUUACGGUUGUCUCUCUCCCCUGCAACCCAGAGGAAGAUGGUAGAGAAAGCUCUUCCUCCACAAGAGAAAAACUCCAGGGAUCAGCUUCUGGCUGCCAUUCGCUCCACCAACCUCAAACAGCUGAAGAAGGUGGAGGUUCCCAAAUUACUGCAAUAGGAACCUAGAUUCCCUGGAAGGAUGAGACUGCCAAGACUGAAUCACUGUGUUUGUCUCUUGGGCAACUGUUUACAUGAGGAGGACUCAGCAGGAGCAGCAGCCUGGCCUGCACCAAUCCCAGAUGAGCAGCGUGCACGAUGGGAUUGCUUGGACAGAUGGAUUGGAUGGGCUGCCAACCAGGCAGUGUGUCAGGAAGAAGCAAUAUUUAUUUUUAGAGCUUUGUAAUCUUGAUUUUUUUUUUCCCCUCUGGGAGUAGGGGUCUGCAGAAGUUCAGAGUGUUGUGUAUCUGGGCUGUUUGUUCAGUUCUCCUUGAAAGAGUAUAGAAAGGAAAGUGGCAGAUACGGUACAUCUUAAAGGAGUCUGUAUUCAGAGUAUCCUUGCUUGUCCUGCCAGUCACCACUGCAAUCACCAGCCACUAGAAAUAUACAAGAGCAAAAUCACACGGGAGCAGCAGCACCAUGAGAAAGUGAUUGAACUCUACUUCAGCACAAGAGAACACCAAAAGAAGCAGCAUCAGGUUCUUGACAUUUGCUGCUAGAUCCAGCUGGCAGUGCCACUCUGUCUAGAAUAACACAAAGUAGGAGGUUGGGGGAGAAAUCACUGGGCCAAAUCCGAUCUUCCAAUGUCUCUGUGAUCUCAAGGAUUCCAUUCCUCUGAUACUGCAAAUACGGGCUUAUAUACACCAGGAUUUCCUUGCCUCCCAGAAGGAAUGCAAAGGGCUCUUUAUCUGCCUGCCUGUAUUUUGUAUAUGUGUGUUAAGGGCUUUUCAUGGUAUAAGGACCCAGCUGUAAGCAUCUGGGUGGGCAAUGGAACUGAAUGGAUCAUGGAUCAUAUUGCUGGAGAGAGGAGCUAGAGGAGCUACAUAGUGCCUCUGAUGUGAGCAGCAUCUUCCAGACUAAUUUGAGAAUACCUGGUCUUAGAGGUCUAAUGGGAAGGACAAAGCAAGCUGAUGUUGGCCAUGUGUUGGAAGUGGUGGAAAAGGCAAGCAAUGGCUGUUCUGUCUACAAUGGAAAAACUUGAAUUUGUAAAGCUUCAGGCAACAUCCAAAACCUAAGACAACUGCUUAUUGACAUCUUCCUGUCAUGUGGGUUCCAGCUGUGUUGUUCUGGUCCUGGGAGAGGCAAAGAGGACCUAGCAGACAAUACAAAAUCCCUGUUUCAUAUGCAUGGACACUUUGUUUACUAUAGACACAGCAUAAGGCUUACUUCAGGGACCAGAAAAUUUCUAUGCCAGUUCCUUUUAAAAAUUAGUUUUGAGCUUGUUGAUCUAAAAGGGGAAAGGGUAUUCCUAAAAGACUGGCACUUGUUAGCCUAUAGAUCAGUAUCUCCUAAGCUAUGGUCCAUAAGCCAUGGAAGAUGGCCUAAAAGGAUGUUUUGUCCUCCAAACUUCAUAUCAGCUCCACCUCCAUUUCACUCUUCCAUUUUAUAUACUACCUUUGCAGUAUGGUAGCCACCAAACAUUCACUCGCAGACUUCCAUGCUGUACUGGUAACAUGUGGAUGUUCUGUAUCACAUGGGUAACUUGGAUCACAAGGGUACUUCCUACAUCAGCAACCCAGAUAGUAGGGGAUUGCUGGUCUUGUGGUAGCAAGCAUGAAUUGUCCCCUUUGUUAAGCAGGGUCUGCCCUGGUUUGCAUUUGAAUGGGAGACAUGUGUGUGAGCACCGUGAGAUAUUCCCCUUAGGGGAUGGGGCUGCUCUGGGAAGAAUACCUGCAUGCUUGCAUGCAGAAGGUUCUAAGUUCCCUCCCUGGAAUCUCCAAGAUAGGGUUGAGAGAGACUCCUAGCUGCAACCUUGGAGAAGCUGCUGCCAGUCUGUGUAGACAAUACUGAACUAGAUAGACCAGUGGUUUGACUCGGUAUAAGGCAGCUUCCUGUGUUCCUAAGGGGAACUUUGGCAAGAGAAACAUCCACAUUUCAGGCUGCCAAUGUGAUGCAGGACAUUUAUAAGCUACUGACUGGGCAUUUGAACCAACCAUAGAGGAGAAGAUUUGCAAUGGCAAACAACAUGCUACAAAGGGAAUAUAUGAAGUGGAUCUGCGAGAGAAGAGUGAUUGGGAUCACCAUACUUUCCCCCCUGCCCAAUAGGAAUCCCUGAAUCACUGUUCCCAGAUCAGGCCAAGAAACAGUUGGUGGCCGACAUGAUGUCAGGGGCCCACAGGGAAUGCUGCACAACUUGAAAGGCAGCCCAGAUGGUGUGUUGUGAAUGCAGUGGAACUGCUGCAAAACAGCCUCUUCCGGGUAAUCAUGCAGCACUACUUGCUGCAUUGUUUUCUACAUGCAGCACUACUUGCAAGUUGUGCUACAUGACUGCCUGGAAGUGGUUUAAAGUCACCCCGCAGUAGCCCCAUUGCACUACACUGUCAGGGCUGCCUUUCAAGCUAUGCAGCAGCAACAGCGGGUCCCUAAUGUCAAUAUAGGACUGCCUGUCACAACAGCUGGUGUUUGCCCUGUGGCUGAAUGAAGCAGGUAGCAGAGUCACACAGCAUGAACUGAGCAGGGGACACACAAACCGACCUCCACACUUCACCUGGAGAAGAAUGUAUGAGAGAAGAGAAGCUCAGCCAUCAUGAUCAGGGAUGUGGUAUGUAAUUAUUAAAAGAACGAUUUCCUCACUCCUGUGCCUGGUGAUGAAUAACGGGCAGUUCAAUCCGUAAAGCAGAUCAGCUGGGACUCUUGGAAAUUAGUUUAGUUCUCUGAGUGCAAAUCCAAGAACACUGGCUUGACUGGUUUGUGGCUCAGGCUGUAAAUUAGAAAUAUCUAUGCAAUUGUAUGGCUAUAAGAGUUUAAUAUAUGGAUGGCUAUAUGUUAUAUAACUCUUUAUGAAACACAGUUUAUUUCUUACACAAACUGCCAAGGUACGUCUGCACUGAGAUAAUGCCAAGUGGUGCAGGUGCAAGAGACUGGGCAAUGAAUCACUUUCCAGUCUUUUGAAAUCAACCUUCAGAUCUGGAAACUCCACUCAUGGUUUCUCAGUGUGAUAGAAACCAGCAUGAAUUCACACCUAGGUAGGUACAGAAGAACUCCUUCUUCUGAACUGCAUACAUCAGUAUCUAUCCUUCCAUGAAGGACAAGUGGAACUUCUCUCUGAGAGUGCCUGUGAAAAUCCUUGCAACUCACUAUCUUUCUUGCUGUGUAGGUAAAGGGGUUCUAAUUUGUGAAAAAUGAUUGAGAGGAUUUAAGCAGCUCUUCAGAGAAAUCACAGUACUUUUCUUUAUUUUUAAAGCAGGAUUUAGAGGAAAUAUGUUCUUACUGAAUAAGAAAGCAAUAUUAGUUUUACAAUUUGAGGAUACCUGGGGAAACAGUGAAGGGAAAAACAAUCAAGAGACAAAUCACUUGAGUGAAUUAUCUCAGAUGCAGAUGCUGCUGCAGUUUUCAGCUCUGUAACUCAUGAAUGUAAAUCCUAUUUGCAAUAUGUACAAAAAUCACCCACACUUCUAUUAAUAAAGCUCACAAAAUGCU